AUGCAGAGCCUCAUCAGCCGACGCAAACACUUUCCCCUCAACCACAAUCAUCAGAGCAACCUCAUACAACCCGACAACUAUCGCCUCAAAGUUGCCAUCGAUUUUGGGACCACGACUUCCUCCAUUUGCUAUGACAAGGUUGCCGGUGUGGAACCAUUGCAAUCCCGCAAAGUAGCCCGCAAUGUGGUCUGCAAUCCAUAUGAACCGGCAGGCUAUAGAGGGCCGUCGACCGCUGUUGUCCAUGAAGAUAUUGCCAGUGAUGGGCGCAAGAGAUUGGUGCUGAAGUUUGGGGAGAACCUCGAUGCUGGCCGUCCUCAUGGCGUCCUUGCUGAGAUCACGUUGAUGAAGAUGUCGCUCCUACCUCUCUAUCUUGAGAAGUCAUCGGAUCGGCUCACGGUGAACAUACUCAAUUCUCUCAAGGCCCGCCACCAAGAUGCUCUACGCAAGAUUCAGUUGGAGGCCGUGACCAGUGAUAUGUAUACACAAGAUCCUCUCACGGGCCACUUCAGACUCUGCGUUGUCAACUCAAUGGAGGACUUGAUCACCUUGUUCUUCGAGUUCCUUUGGCAUCUCACUAUGAGACACUGUGCCGCAGAGUAUGGCAUCGGAGUGGAGGACGUAACGAGUCUGUUUCACGAAAGUGUCGACGUCGCCAUUUCUGUUCCAUCAAUUGGACCUGAUGAUUCUCCUAUGGGGAAUUACCAACAGUUGUUGAACAAGGCUGGAUAUCCCAAGAAUACCUGCAUCCUUUUCGAGGGAAAAUCGGCCGGAUUGUUUCAUCUCGUCUCAGAACGUGAGGGCGAAAAUGACAGACUGGAUCGGGUGGAACGCCAACGCGCUUUCAUCAUUGUUGAUAUUGGCGGUGGAACCACUGAUAUCUGCUCCGUCCGCCCAAGCGACAUCAACGACGAAACUGUCAUGCUUGGAGCAUUUGCGGCAGGAAUUUCCAGAAGGCUUGCUCCGAUAUAUGGCGGAAUUCCCUGGACUGAGUCCGACCUGCUGGAUGCCUUUGUGGCGAAGUUCGAAUUCCAUAAGAGAGAUACCGGCACUGACAUGAACGACAUUGAGAUUCAGCUUUAUCGCGGCGCCCUCAAGCUAACGGAAGAGCUUCGUCGCGAUACCUUCGAGCUCACUAGAGACGGUCUUGUUUUGCGAAAUUUCAUGUUGCGCAGACUGUUCGAUAUGUGGCUAAACAAUAUCUUUCACCUUGUGGACAAGGAGGUGCGGGACGCUCGGCUCUACAAUUCCGGAGUGCAAUCUGUCACAAUUUGUCUGGCUGGUUGGGGAAGUCGCCCCCCCUACGUGCUGGAGGCCUUCGGAAACCGUUACCGCCAACAAGGAACCAAGGUGGUGAUGGUUCAAGACCUUGACCAGAGUCCGGCGGUCGCCCAAGGCAAUUUCCUGUCUCUUGCAAGCCAAAUGAUUAUCCAGAAAAAGGUCGCCCGGGCGACAUUUGGCACUCGUCUUCACAUCUCGAGCAGCUUCCGCCACGUUGAUACCCAUGGUACACAGCGGGUGGUCCACCAGGGUACGGACUUGGAUGACCCCCGCCAGCAAUUGUCCCUGACAAGAACGGUCGUUACCGAGAACCCAGUUUUCCCGCUAACCCUAAAAUUUGACAUCAUGUCGGACACCGAAUUCCAAUGGGUUGAGAACGAGGGCACGGUCCAGAUUGAGUUCGAGAGUUUGCGAAACUGCGGCUUCCGCCUCGAACAACGUGACGAUGGCGUAACAGUCUUGAAGGUGCAAUAUUCUGUCCAUGUCUGUUAUCGAGGGAUGGUCAGCUUAUUGGUCCUGACUGUGCCUCACACGGGUGAUUUUGACAACACCGAAAGAAACAGAAACCUCGACAUGAUUGCAUCCCAGCAAAUCAACAUUCAGAAGCAUGCAGCAAGAAUGGACAAUAUCAAUGAACCUUAG